AUGCGCCCGGAAUAUGCCCGACUCGACACCGUCUCGACCGUCAAGCCGGCAGCCACGGAGGACGGCCCGGCUGCGUUUGGCGUGCGCCCGCUGCCAGAGGCGGAAGAUCCGUUGCGACGGUCAAUUACCGGCAUGCAACAACUGCAAAUAUCGAAUCUGAAAGAUCGCAUCAGAUGGCUGGAGAGUAUCGUCCGAGAAAGAUGUCCAGACGUCGAUCUAGCCCAAGGACCGCCUGGCGACUUCGACAUAGAUGUCGAUGGGGAUGAGACAUUCAUCGGCGAGUCAACGAUCGACGAGGGCAGCGUUCAACCGGAAGACCAUCCGGGACAACAAGAGGUCGAUGGAUCGAGACCUCAGCAGUCCGUUUCCGCAGAGCCUGCGUCAAAUCCUCAACCAACCCGCCCAGAAACACGGGUGAUUGACCCUUCAGGCAGCAACGCCAUAUCGCAUGAAAUCGGGAUGGUAUCCCUAGGCAGCAAUCAAGACCCCAAGUACAUUGGGCCCUCCAGCGGGUACUUCCUGGCUCGCCUGAUGCUGAACUCUACUCGCCAAGAAGACCAGUCGGCAUGGCCGUCCAAGACACCAGCGCAGAACAGCCCGUUUCCGACAGCCCUGGUCGAGGCCAUGCAGGGUCCGCUGCCGUUGCCGGGGAAGGAGCAGGCACGGCAGCUGGCGGAGAUGUACUUCGAUGUCAUCAACGUGCAGUAUCCCAUCCUGCAUCAACCAACUUUCAUGAUGCUGCUAGACCAAGUCUACGAGAACGGGUUAGAGGCAGAUCAUGGCCCUAUCGGCGCCUUCCAAAUCUUCAUGGUCCUCGCGCUAGGAGCUACUGUGCUCGCUUGCAUGCGUUUGGACGUUUGGUACCUCAACUAUCAGUGCAUCGCUGCAGUCCUUGACCUCGGACUUCAGCGCGACAUCAACACGAACGCAGGUAUCUCUCUCUUGGAGCAAGAAAUGCGGACGCGGAUCUUUUGGGUUGUUCUUACCCUUGACCGGAUGAUUGCCACCAUGAUGGGGCGGCCUAUCGGGCUGCGCGAUGAAGCCUGUGAUCUUCGACUUCCGCAAAACAUUGAUGACAUGGCCCUACAGGGCUUCUCGCAGCUACCUAAUGCCCUACCCUCAGGACGCAUGGCUUUCUCAAUACAUCUGUUUCGCCUCGCAAAGCUGAACUCCGAGUUCAAAUAUGUUGCCAAUAGCAUUGUUCGCGACACCCCGCGAUAUGCUUACCCAGCAGUCAUCGAUAUCCACGAAUGGCAACAUGGGAUGCUUCAACAACUUGACGAAUGGUAUGCCGCAAUACCUCAAAUAGCCGGCAUGGAGUACAUUUACAUGGUCUGUCGGACCCGAUAUCACGGCCUGCGGAUGCUUCUAUUACGGCCCAGCCCGGCGAUACCUAACCCGUCACCCGAAUCACUGAAGAAAUGCUUCGAUGCUGCUUGCCAAAGCAUUCGUCUUCUGGAUCAGAUGUACAAGCAGAACCUUCUGAUGCACGCCUGGAACACGCCGCAUUCCGUUGUUUCGAGCAUUAUCACCAUGCUCUACUGCAUCAAGAUGGUGCCCGAGAUUGCACGGCAAACAGCGCUGGACUCUCUGAUGUCUGAUUUCGGCGCCGGAUUGGGAGUGUUGGCGGCAACGGGCGAGCAUUGGUCUGGUGCGAAGCGUUGCCGGGAUGUCCUUGACGACAUGAUCCGGGCUACUGUCCGUUGGAUGAAAGAUGUCACCAGUCAGCCUGCAUCCAUGGACGUCCAAACUCAACGGCGAUCAUCACGACUGGACCCGAACCAGACUCAGCCAAUCAACCCGUAUGAUGCUGGAUUAAACGGUGCAAACACAUCCAGGAUUGGGUUCUCUGAAGGCCUUUCCCACCCUAUGACCAUGGCUGCGAUGACAGCCAAUGGUUCGGAGGCUUUUCUGCCCCAAGAUCCUUUCGAAUCUUUCCUCGCCAACACGUCUUUUGGAGACCAGUUUCAAAUGGGUGAAGCAUCAAAUUUGGAUACCAUAAUGCGCGGUCUUUUUGACGAUUUCAUACCCACAUACCCAAACUUUACUUGA